UUUUAUUUUGGUUGAUUGGCUAUCAGCCUGUUUCUUUCUAUUAAAUAUUGAUGGGUGGGGGAAAGGGUAAAGAAAAACUAAGGAAUAAAAACAGGUAACGCGCAAAAAUCGUCAUAAUAAUCCAAAAUUAUCCAAAUACCAUUCUUAUUUUUUUAGAAAUGGUUUUUCUAUGAAUAAUGAACGAUUAAUAAAUGCAUUGCACUCUGCGCAUUAAAAAUUGCGCCGGAUGAAGUUCUGGUUGUUAUUAGAGAAAUACAUUUCAAUACAAACUUUAAUAUACUAACUUUUAAAUUAAUUUACUCAACAACAACAAACUGCAUUUAUCAAUCAAAAAAUUCUCAUCAAAUUACUACUUGCUAUUUGCUUCAUUUUUUAAAUUACGAAUAAGUGCUAUAACUGCGAAAAGUUACUAACGCAGUUGAAGCAGAAGGAUUCAUCUUCUGUCGGCAAAACGGGCCGACUCACUGGCUUCUCAGUGGGGCCGAUGGCCUGUUGUCUGAGCGAGGAGGCGCGUGAACAGAAGCGCAUUAAUCAAGAAAUUGAAAAACAAUUACAACGAGAUAAGAGGAAUGCACGUCGUGAGCUCAAACUCCUCCUAUUAGGCACGGGUGAAUCUGGCAAAUCCACUUUCAUCAAACAGAUGCGAAUUAUCCAUGGUAGUGGUUAUUCGUUGGAGGAUAAACGACAGCAUACUCGUCUUGUCUAUCAGAACGUAUUUAUGGCAAUGCAAUCCAUGAUACGGGCAAUGGAGACGCUGGCCAUCCCUUAUGGGGAAGCGUCAUCCGAAGAAAAGGCCAAUGUUGUUCGAGCAAUUGAUUAUGAAAAUAUAACCACAUUUGAAGAGCCUUAUGUAAGCUAUAUUGCCGAUUUGUGGACAGAUCCGGGCAUUCAGGAGGCUUAUGAUCGACGAAGGGAGUAUCAGCUUACUGACUCUGCUAAAUAUUAUUUGACCGACGUGCGACGGUUGGCUGAACAUGGCUAUGUGCCAACGGAACAAGACAUUCUUCGAGUUCGUGUUCCCACAACUGGAAUAAUUGAGUAUCCAUUCGAUUUGGAGCAGAUUGUUUUCAGGAUGGUUGAUGUUGGUGGACAGAGAUCUGAGCGUCGUAAAUGGAUACAUUGUUUUGAGAAUGUCACUUCCAUAAUGUUCUUAGUCGCCUUGUCCGAAUAUGAUCAAGUUCUUGUUGAGUGUGACAAUGAGAACCGUAUGGAAGAAUCGAAAGCGCUCUUUCGCACUAUUAUAACUUAUCCAUGGUUUCAAAACUCAUCUGUAAUUCUUUUUCUAAAUAAGAAGGAUUUGUUAGCGGAGAAGAUUCUCUACUCUCAUUUGGCUGACUACUUUCCCGAAUAUGACGGCCCUCCACGAGAUGAGAUGGCUGCUAGGGAGUUUAUAUUGAAAAUGUUCGUCGAUCUAAAUCCGGACACUGAGAAGAUUAUUUAUUCACAUUUCACUUGUGCCACAGAUACUGAAAACAUUAGAUUCGUCUUUGCAGCGGUAAAGGAUACAAUUCUGCAGCACAAUCUGAGGGAAUACAAUCUCGUUUGAAGGUUUUUAAAAUUAAAUCUUCACAAAAAUUACAUGGAAAUUAUCCCUUAACUUUUCUCAAUUUCUUUCGAGAAAUACAACCCUUUUUUCGUUAUUUUCAAAUCAGUCAAAAUUGCUUCUUUUGCUCGAUUCUUUAUUUAAGUUCUUCAAUAAUUGAGAGUGGAUUUAUAUAUUUUCAGAAUCUGCGUCUUUCAGUUUAAUUCUUACAUUAAACACUAAUUUAACUUUUUUUGCCUUCUCGGAUGGAGAUCCAUUUUGAGUAUAAAUCCAUUCUCUCAAAAUAAUUAAAAAUGUCUUUGUUAGGCGGCGUAAGUGAAUUUGUUGUAAACACUGCCGGUCCUCUAUUCGAAUUUUGUUUUUUGGUAUGUAUCAUUUCACAAUUUCUAAUGUAUUUAUUUAUAAAGUUCAAGUAAUUAUUGUGAAAUGAAGCUACCAACUUAUUUUU